AGGGAAGCGGCCGCCGCCAUCUCCGACUGCCGGCGCGCCCAUCGCUGCCGGGCGGUGAGGCGAGGCGAUGAGGAGCCGCAGUAACUCGGGAGUGCGCCUGGACGGCUACGCCCGCCUGGUGCAGCGGACCAUCCUCUGCCACCAGAACCCAGUUACAGGGCUGCUUUCAGCUGGUACGGACCAUAAGGAUGCUUGGGUACGGGACAAUGUCUAUAGCAUCCUGGCAGUGUGGGGGCUUGGCAUGGCCUACCGAAAGAACGCAGACCGGGACGAGGACAAGGCCAAGGCCUAUGAGCUCGAGCAGAAUGUUGUGAAGCUGAUGCGGGGGCUCUUACAGUGCAUGAUGAGACAGGUAGAUAAGGUAGAGAAGUUCAAACGCACGCAGAGUACCAAGGACUGCCUACACGCCAAGUACAACUCUGCUACUUGUGCCACAGUGGUCGGAGAUGAUCAGUGGGGACACCUGCAAGUCGAUGCCACAUCCCUUUACCUGCUCUUCUUGGCGCAGAUGACUGCAUCAGGGUUACGUAUUAUUUUCACCCUUGAUGAAGUUACCUUUAUUCAGAAUCUUGUUUUUUACAUAGAAGCUGCCUACAAAGUUGCUGAUUAUGGAAUCUGGGAACGUGGUGAUAAGACAAACCAGGGCAUCCCUGAACUGAACGCAAGCUCCGUAGGGAUGGCCAAAGCUGCUUUGGAAGCAAUUGAUGAAUUAGAUCUUUUUGGAGCUCACGGAGGGCACAAAUCAGUGAUUCAUGUUCUUCCUGAUGAAGUAGAACAUUGUCAGUCUAUACUAUACUCCAUGUUGCCAAGGGCAUCCACGUCAAAGGAAAUAGAUGCUGGCCUUCUCUCUAUCAUUUCGUACCCAGCUUUUGCAGUGGAGGAUAUAAACCUCGUUAAUGUGACCAAGAGUGAAAUCAUAUCCAAAUUGCAGGGCCGUUAUGGCUGCUGUCGCUUUCUCCGAGAUGGCUACAAGACACCCAGAGAGGAUCCAAGCAGACUGCACUAUGAUCCUGCUGAGCUCAAGCUGUUUGAGAACAUUGAAUGCGAGUGGCCGGUGUUCUGGACAUACUUCUUAAUUGAUGGAGUAUUUAAUGAGGACAAAAUUCAGGUAGAAGAGUACAGAGAGGCUUUGGAAGGAAUACUCAUUAGAGAAAAGAAUGGAAUAGUUCUAAUGCCUGAACUAUACGCAGUCCCUUCAGAAAAGGUUGAUGAGGAGUAUGAAAAUCCUCACUCAGUGGAUCGUGUCCCAGUGGGAAAGCUGCCUCAUCUUUGGGGCCAGUCAUUGUACAUCCUUAGCUGCUUAUUAGCAGAGGGAUUUCUGGCUGCAGGUGAAAUAGAUCCCUUAAACAGAAGAUUUUCCACUGGAUUUAAACCUGAUGUUGUGGUACAAGUAACUGUUCUGGCAGAAACUAAUCAAAUUAAGAAUCUUUUGCAAGACCAUGGAAUCAAUGUUCAGAGCAUUGCUGAUAUCCAUCCACUCAGAGUGCAGCCAGCUCGCAUCCUAAGUAAUCUCUACACCAUGCUAGGUCGGAAUGAGAACAUGAAAUUAAGUGGACGACCACACCGACACAUUGGAGUGCUGGGUACCUCCAAGCUGUAUGUGAUAAGAAACCAAAUAUUUGCUUUUACCCCUCAGUUUACUGACCAGCAUCACUUCUAUCUGGCUCUAGACAAUCAGAUGAUUGUGGAGAUGCUCAAGAUAGAGCUGGCUUACCUCACUUCUUGUUGGAGGAUGACAGGGAGACCAACUCUGACGUUUCCCAUCACCCACACAAUGCUUGUUGAUGAUGGUACUGACAUUCAUCCAGCAGUUCUUGCCACUAUACGAAAAUUAGAGGAUGGUUAUUUCGGUGGUGCAAGGGUGAAGAUAGGCAAGCUGUCAGAAUUUCUUACCACAUCUUUUCAUACGCAUCUGAGCUUCCUGGAUCCAGACUGCGAUCUAAAACUAUUUGAUGACUCUCAGGAAGGCCGCUGUAGCCCUGACAGUGAAUAUGGAGGCUACCCAGCAGAUUUCUGUGAAAAAGAAAGCCAGGAUGAGCUGGAUCAGUAUAUAAAUGAUAUCCUGCAGAGUACAGCACUGAAGUCAUAUCUGCCUCCAACUUCAAAGACUGCUCAUCAACCACUUGUAUUCAGUGCAAACCAUUCCACACAAGAGAUACUGUCAAUAAUGGCCAAGGCAAAGGGUUUGGAGAUUCCAGCUGUUUCUAUGUCUCUUCCAACUAAAGUUCUGAACACACAUCGGAAGUCUUUGAAUCUCGUUGAUAUUCCCCUUUCCCUUGAGACAAAGGAUCAUGAAAAGGUUUUGAACUUAGCUAAAGAUGCUCAUGGUGAUUUGGAUUGCAGGAAGCUUGUUGAGCAGCUGAAGGAAUGCCCAACGCUCCAUGAUCAAGCAGAUAUCUUAUAUAUCUUGCAUAUACUAAAAGGCCCUGAUUGGGAUACACAGCUGAAUGGACAAUAUGGAGUCACUGUUCAUUGUCUGCUCAAUGAGCUCUACAGGAAGGCGGGCCUCAAUCAAGAGUGGGGCUUAAUCCGUUAUAUUUCUGGUAUUCUUAAAAAGAGAGUGGAAGUCCUGGCAGAGGCAUGCACAGACCUCCUGUCACACCACAAGCAGCUUACAGUGGGGCUGCCACCGGAACCCCGCGAGAAAAUCAUUACCACCCCUCUGCCACCUGAGGAGCUCACAGAUCUUAUUUAUGAAGCCAGUGGCCAAGACAUCAGUAUUGCUGUCCUGACACAGGAAAUAAUUAUGUACCUGGCAAUGUAUGUCCGAUCGCAGCCUAAUCUUUUCAUGGAGAUGCUCAGGCUCCGCAUUGGUCUGAUAAUUCAGGUGAUGGCCACUGAGCUGGCUAGGAGUCUGAAAUGCUCAGGUGAAGAAGCUUCAGAGAGUUUGAUGAAUCUCAGCCCUUUUGAUAUGAAAAAUCUCCUACACCAUAUUCUCAGUGGAAAAGAGUUUGGUGUGGAAAGAAGCCUACGUCCUAUGGAUUCUUCUUCAUCUAGCCCUGCAAUUUCUAUUCAUGAAAUGGGGCAUUCUGGAGCAACGAAAACAGAAAGAAGUGGUAUUACUAAAUUGAAGAGCGAGAUGAAACAGUUCUUUCAUGAGGGCCACUCCGUGUCCAGCAGCAUGUUCGCUUCCAGGAGGAGCAGUACUCCACCAUCUCCUUCCAGUACUUCUCCCACCAGCUCCAGCGGAGACAUUAGUUGGGGUGACCGCAAAGGGCAGUGGCUGCGCAGAAGAAGGCUUGAUGGUGCCAUUAACAGAGUUCCUGUUGGCUUUUAUGAGAAAGUAUGGAAGAUUCUUCAGAAGUGCCAUGGUCUGUCCAUUGAUGGGUAUGUCCUUCCUUCUUCAACCACCAGAGAGAUGACCCCGUGUGAAAUCAAGUUUGCUGUGCAUGUGGAGUCGGUGCUGAACCACGUCCCCCAGCCUGAGUACCGGCAGCUCCUGGUGGAAGCCAUUCUUGUCCUCACGUUCCUGUCUGACAUCGAGGUGAACAGCAUCGGGGGGAUCAUCCAUGUGGACCGAAUAGUGCACGUGGCCAACGACCUCUUCCUGCAGGAACUGAAAUCAUACGGAGCUACGGGUGCCAUCUUGGAGAAGGAUGUGGCCACGGGAAUUUGCCACUUCUUUUAUGACAGUGCCCCAAGUGGGGCCUAUGGGACCAUGACGUACCUGACAAAAGCCAUAAUUAUUUAUUUACAGGAUUUUCUGCCUAGCACAGGCUGUGUGAUGCAGUGAGCGAUGUCUCACCAGGGAAAAGAGGCCAGGAAGCUUCUCCCUGUUUUGCUGCUAUGAGCUGCCUGUUUGCUGCGUGUGUGUCAGCAGAUGCACUGGUCACAGUGUUACGCUACCUGCACACCUGCCUGCGGGGGACAGGUGGGUGGAACGUGGCCUCAUUUUAAGGGAGGGUGUGAGAAAGAGCAAAUAACGAGGCUUAUUCUGCCUAAAGUGCAUAAACGUAAUUCGUAUUAAAUUAGGAAGAAUGAGUUCUGCCAAGGGGGAAACGGAUUACUCUGUGGAGAUCAAAAGGCAUAAUAAAACGAGGGAGCUGAA